UCUUUAAUGGUCUGCAUCAACACGCACUUCUACUGGCUCUUAAAGCAGCAGUGUUACAUUCACUGACCAUACGGAUUCCUAUUGCUCUUUUUUUUCUUCUCAUUUUGUUCCCCUCCGCAUGCUCAUGCAAGGUUGCAGCAACACAUCCAGCUUUUAAUUCUCAGACAAUCAUCACUAACUGGCUAUAGCUGCUGUUCCAAUGUUGGGAGACAAGGCUCACGGUGUCACUUUGAAGGUUAUGGAAUACACAUAUGAUGACGACCUGGAGGAGCUGUGUCCUGUGUGUGGAGACAAAGUGUCCGGAUACCACUACGGCCUGCUCACGUGCGAGAGCUGCAAGGGCUUCUUCAAGAGGACGGUGCAGAACAACAAGAGGUACACGUGCGCGGAGAACCAGGAGUGUAAAAUAGACAAAACCCAGAGGAAGAGAUGUCCUUUCUGUCGCUUCCAGAAGUGCCUCAACGUCGGGAUGCGGCUAGAAGCGGUGCGCGCAGACCGCAUGCGUGGGGGGAGGAAUAAAUUUGGCCCCAUGUACAAGAGAGACAGGGCCUUGAAGCAGCAGAAGAAGGCUUUGAUACGAUCCAAUGGCUUCAAGCUGGAGAGUGCGGCGCCUCCGCCGGGCUCUCCUCUGCAGGCCGACUACGGCUUCCCCGGCUCCAUGCACAGCCUGCCCGCCAUCUCCAAAAGUCUGCUCCCCUCCACCCCGAGCUCCAUCACGCCUACAGACUACGAGACCAACCUCUACGGACCCCCGUCCCUGGGCAUGGCCAUGCAGUCCCACGUCCCCCUCGCCGCUCAGUACCAGUACACAUCCUUCCCCGGCAGGGCCAUUAAAGCCGAGUGCCCCGACUACACCAGCUCCCCCGAGUCUCUGACAGGAUACCCGUACCCCGACAUGUACCCGUCGGCCUCGCCGCAGCCGCCCAGCCUGCCGCCGCUGGUGCUGGAGCUGCUGCGCUGCGAUCCGGAUGAGCUGGCGGUGCAGAGUAAGAUUGUGGCUCACCUGCAGCAGGAGCAGAGCGGCCGCGGCCGGCUGGACAAGCCCAGCACCUUCAGCCUCAUGUGCCGCAUGGCAGACCAGACGCUCUUCUCCAUCGUGGAGUGGGCUCGGAGCUGCAUCUUCUUCAAGGAGCUCAGGGUGGGAGAUCAAAUGAAGCUGCUCCAUAACUGCUGGUCUGAACUUCUGGUCCUGGAUCACAUUUUCAGACAAGUGCAACAUGGACAGGAAGACAGUAUCCUGCUGGUGACCGGCCAGGAGGUGGAGCUGCCGUUCAUCCUGUCCCAAGCUGAGGCGACUCUGUCCAGCAUGGUCCAGAGAGGUCAGGAGCUGGCGGCGAGGCUGCGGGCGCUGCAGCUGGAUCGCAGAGAGAUCGCCUGUCUGAAAUUCCUCUUCCUGUUCAACCCCAAUGUGAAGCUGCUGGAGGACCAGGCAUUCGUGGAGGGCGUCCAGGAGCAGGUGAACGGGGCUCUGCUGGAGUACACCCUGUCCACCUACCCUCAGUUCCAGGAGAAGUUCAGCCAGCUGGUUGUGCGGCUGCCGGAGCUGCGCUCCCUCAGCACGCAGGCGGAGGACUACCUGUGCUACAUGCAUCUGAGCGGAGAGGUGCCCUGCAACAACCUGCUCAUCGAGAUGCUGCACGCCAAGCGAGCGUGUGUGUGAGAGGUGCACGCCGGGUGCGCCGUCGCAAUGUGUUUUUUUUUCUCUAGCGGAGACUGUGCGUGGGAGGGAAAGUGUGAGCGAGACGAAAAAAAUUCAAAUGAAGAUAGACAGGUUCAUAUUGGGUCAUCUUUGCGAGGGCUUUUGUUUGAGUUGGAGAGGAGGAAAAUGUUCUUUAGAGUUUGGAAUUAUAAAGCUCCAUCUGUAUCUCGAGGUAGUUUUUUUCCGAUUUUGAAUGCUGAUGUUUUCAUAUCCUGCAGAGCUACAUUAACGUGACCUUUAUAAACUGGAUUUUCUACCCUGUUAGCAAACAUCUAAAAUUAGAUCUUCCUGUAGAGUUAAAUUAUGUCCUCUUUGACUAUCUACUAUAUCACAUGAAUCCAAAAUCACAGACAAAGAUUUUCUACAUCCCACAAGAGCUGCCCAGCAAACAUUUAAAGUCAGAGGAGGAAUCUUUAGCCUGCAUCAGUGCUGAACAGUCAUGAAAACACGGUGUCAAGAGGACUGUUGAGAUAUCUGUCGGAAGCCGCGACCUGCAUCAUUUUUGAAACAUCCACACCUAAAUGUCGUUCUGAUAUCGCUGCAAAACUGUUUCCAACGCCAACUUAGGAAUUCUAUUGUGAAAUCUGGCGCUGGGUGGGCCGAUGUUGAACUGACACAUCACAAAAAUGGGACUAUGUGCAUGAACACGUCUGUCGAAUGCUUGCUGGGUGAGCUAAUGUGAACCUUUCCCAACAGAUUUUGUAGCUUCUUUUCAAAAAAUUCUAUUCUAGUGAUAAAUGAGUCAUUUUUGAUCGGAAAUGUCAGUUGCAACUUUAUGAUUCCAAGUUCACCAACACUGUCCCUAGAUUAUUCUUUUUCUUAUUUUAGAUGAAGACAGACUUCAGGAUAACACGACACACUGUGGUCUCGUCAGACUAGACCGCUCUUAUCGCUACACUUGUUCGUUUUGCCACCAGUGUUAAAAAAAGAAAUGAAAUAUGAAAGCUCUAUGGGAUUCAAUAUAGUUUGUUUUAAUCUAUUUAGAUGUUAAUAUAUUGAUAUAUAGAAGCCAGACAUGUUAACAAAAAAUCUUAUUCUUAUUUAGUUAGUUAUCAAACCCUUACCAAGAAAGAGUAAAUGAAAGGGAGAGAGGGACAGGUAAGAAAGAGGGACACGGACAAAGAAAGGGGGAGAUAAAAAAAAGGGAAGGAGAAAGAGAGAAAACUGCACACAGCGAUGCCUUAUGGAUGAAAAAAAAAAGCAGAGUGAAGCAGAUAGAGGAGGGGAAAAAGACACAUCUAUGUGCAAAUGAUAAGGGAGAGAUGAAUGACAAAGACAGCAUUUGUCUUUCUUUAAGUAAAGAUGA